AUGUACAAGACUACGUCGUUCCCGGGUCCUUGGCUUCGACCCUUGUUGUCACCUUGCUGGCCGUCAGUGGGGCAGGAGGCCGGAGAGAACGCGCCCGGCGGGGUGGUCGCGCUGCACGAGCGGGAGGUGAUGAGGGAGUCCAGCAUCCAGGUGUGGGUUUACAAACGUGCCCACGUCGUGGUGGGUGAGAUGAGCGCGGGCGAGCCGCGGGAGAUUUGGUCGACCGGAUCCGCCCAGGAGGCGCUGUUCGGGAAGGUCAGGAGAGUCGCGCGCGAGCUGUGGCCGUGGUGGAAGAGACUCCUGUCGCUGAAGUCGAUUCAGGGCUUCGCGCUGUAUCGUUGCUACCUCGAGAAUGAGUCUCACGAAGCGGGGGAGCUGGACGACGAGGCCGGGGCCGUCCUUUACGAGCUCUGGCACGACUACAACCACAUGAAGAAGGACGGUGGUGGUCGUGGCUGCCUUGGGACCACAACGCAGAACGCCAUCAUCUCCGCCACCGCCGAAGAGAGCAGGGUCAACGGUGGACAAGCCGACAAGGCGCCGUGUCUGGCGCUGUCGCUCUGCGUCAAGUGGUCCGUCCAGAAGAUCGCCAUCUAA